GAGAUAAUCCACCGGCUGGAUUGCGCUUUCAUUGCGCCGACCAUUGACCACCCUGCGAUCGUACCAUCUCUACUACAACACACAACAACCUCCCUCUCCUCUUUUCUCUUUCUCGAUUAAUUCUUGACGCCCUACAACACAGUCAUCUCCUCCACCAAACCCGAAAAUACCGCCAAGAUGUCUAAGGUUAUGAGAAGUGUAAAAAAUGUCACCAAGGGCUACUCGAGUGUCCAGGUCAAAGUGCGCGAAGCAACAAGUAAUGAUCCAUGGGGACCGACCGGAACUCAGAUGAGCGAGAUCGCUCAAUUAACCUACAACUCAUCGACCGAGUUCUACGAUAUUGUCGAUAUGCUUGACAAGCGUUUAAACGAUAAAGGAAAGAACUGGAGACACGUUUUGAAAGCCUUAAAAGUACUGGAUUACUGUCUACACGAAGGUUCCGAAUUAGUUGUCACUUGGGCACGUAAAAACGUCUACAUCAUCAAGACCUUGCGCGAGUUCGUUUACAUCGACGAGGAUGGACGGGAUGUGGGCCAAAAUGUCCGAGUUGCCGCGAAGGAGUUGACAGCUCUGAUCUUAGACGAAGAAAGGCUGCGCGCCGAACGUAGCGAUCGGAAGACCUGGAAGUCUCGCGUCACCGGCAUUGAGGAGUUCGGCUCAGAUGGACCAGCAGUCCCACAGCAGCGACGCCAGCGUACUAGGCGACCUAGCGACGAGGAGGAUGAUGCUGAGUAUAGGUUAGCUAUAGAAGCUAGCAAACACCAAGAGGAGGAGGAUAGACGGAAACGGGAAAGUCGCCAAGGGAAUGAGGAUGACGACGAUCUUGCCAAGGCCAUUAAGCUCAGUAAAGAGGAGGAAGAGCGAAGGAGGCGAGAGUUGGAAGAUGCCAAUGCUGGUUCUCUAUUCGACGACAACCCUGCACCGAGCAACGUACCUCAGCCGACUGGCAUCAAUAUGGGAUAUCAGCAGGGUAGCAAUGUCGACUGGCUUGGAAAUCCAAUCGAUCAAAACCAAAUGAUGCAACAACAGCCAACUGGAUAUAUGAACAACGCCUACACCGGAUUUCCGCAAAACGGAUAUUCGAACGGCUAUAACAAUGGUUUCAACCCUCAGCCGACGGGCAUGUAUGACCCUUAUGCGCAACAGCAGCAGCAAAAUACCCUCCAGCCUCCGCAGCAGCAGUUCCAAAUGCAGCCUCAGCCUACCGGCUACAACCCCUACGGCCAGCAGCAACCUCAAUUUCAACAGUUCCAACCUCAGCCUACAGCCUCUCCCGAGCCAACUGCCCAACCGGGUAGUAACAACCCGUGGGCUUCUAAUAACCAAUCCCAGUCCGCACUCAAACCGAUGCCGACCGGCUCGAACAACCCCUUUGCUACUGGCUUUGGACGGCCCCAAACAGCCAAGGCCCCGCCGAUGCCUACGCUUAGUAGCCUAUCAAGUCUUCCCGAACAGAAAUCGCUUCAGUCGUUUACUCCUUCACCCCAACCUCAGCUACAGCCCCAGCCUUCCUUCAACCAACCGCAACAACCUCAGAAGCAACUUAGUGAGCAUGAACAGAGACUUAAUGCCCUGCUUGCUAGUGGCGACGGCAUGGACACGUUCGGAAACACUGGCGACCUUCGUAUCCCGGCUCAACAUACGGCGCCGGGCACAUUUGUUAACUCGGCGGGUGCUAACGCAAACAGACUCACCGCUGAGGCUACGGGAAGCAACCCAUUCCUACGACAACAGUAUACCGGUAUGCCUACGAUAUCAUACGGUCAGCAGCAGAUGCCUGCGGCCACCGGACCUGUCGGCAUGAAUGGAUAUGGUGGAACGGCCAACCCAUUCGCUGGGCGACCGCAACAACAAAACAAUAACCAGGGACAAGAUCUCAUCCAGUUCUAGACAUUUCUUUUGUGAAGGCACUUGCGAUGCAGAUCGCGCGUUCUUCAUCUGCAUUU